AGCAAUACGCCUAAGAUGCGUUCAGUCUGCCGGAAAUUAAAACGAAGAAGAAAAAGACGGCGCUUGUAAAAAUGGUGGCUUCGAUGUCCACGGAAGGAAUUUAGGCAUCUUCAAACUUUCCUACUAACAACCCAGCGAAGGAUAUUUUCAUCCCCGUUGCCUCAUUAGUGUCACAAUGGAAUGCAUGUUCAUCAUGAAUCGAAUGGGCUCUCAAGGUGGCUCUGCAUACCAUCGGCGACGUAUGGCUCUGGGGGUGGCAAUACUUCUGCUGGUGGAUGUCAUCUGGGUAGCCUCGUCUGAGCUCACAUCAUACAUUUUCAAGCAUCAGGACUACAACAAGCCCUUCUUCAGCACAUUUACCAAGACAUCUAUGUUUGUACUCUACUUGUUGGGUUUCCUGCUGUGGCGUCCUUGGAGGCAGCAGUGUACUGGUUCCCUCAAACACCACAAUGCUUCUCUGGUUACUGAUGCAGAUGCCUACUUUGCUCCCUGCAACAAUGACACCACUGUGAACAACUGCUUGAGUGAACCACUGUAUGUACCAGUGAAGUUUCAAGACGUACCUGCUGAUCAUUCCAAUUGUUUACAUGAAGCCUGUGGAUCUUCAGGUUCUAAAAAGCAGAGGGUGCGUUUUAGUAAUAUUAUGGAGGUGCGGCAGCUACCAUCUACUCAAGCCCUGGAGGCCAAACUGUCCCGCAUGUCCUACCCUGCUGCCAAGGACCAUGAGGCCGUAUUGCGCACAAUGGGCAAGCUCACCAUUACUGAUGUGGCCAAAAUUAGCUUUUUUUUCUGCUUUGUGUGGUUCCUGGCCAAUUUGUCUUAUCAGGAAGCUCUCUCUGACACACAGGUUGCUAUUGUUAACAUUUUGUCAUCCACAUCAGGCCUGUUUACACUUAUCUUUGCUGGCAUAUUUCCCAGUAACAGCAGUGACCGUUUCACCUUGUCCAAAUUGUUAGCAGUGGCACUGAGUAUGGGGGGUGUUGCACUUGUGAGCCUUUCCAGCAUGGACCGUCCUGACGAGAAAGGCACUAUUGGUUCCUUAUGGUCACUGGCUGGGUCGUUAUUAUAUGCUGUCUAUAUUGUAUUGAUCAAAAGACUGGUAGAUCGAGAGGAUAAGCUUGAUAUUCCCAUGUUCUUUGGGUUUGUAGGUCUAUUCAAUCUGCUGCUGCUGUGGCCUGGCUUCCUCCUGCUUCACUACACAGGGUUUGAGGCCUUUGAGCUUCCCAGCCAGCUCGUGUGGACCUACAUCCUUUUUAAUGGUCUGAUUGGAACAGUUCUCUCUGAGUUUCUUUGGCUCUGGGGCUGUUUCCUCACAUCAUCCCUAAUUGGUACACUGGCCCUGAGCCUCACCAUACCGCUCUCUAUUUUGGCAGAUAUUUGCAUGCAGAAGGUACAUUUCUCGUGGCAGUUUUUUGCAGGGGCUGUGCCUGUCUUUCUCGCCUUCUUUAUUGCCACACUUCUAUGCCACUACAAUAACUGGGAUCCUGUCAUGGUGGGGCUGAGGAGACUGUAUGCCUUUAGCUUUCGAAGACAUCGCAUCCAGAGACUGCCAGAGGACAUUGAGCUAUGUGAAAGCCUUAUUCCGCUGCACACGUCUGAAUGAAGAAGCCUGUUUUCAUGAUAAAGAUUCAUAAGGUAGCAAAUGUGAAUCAUCUGGUUGCUGUCAGAGACGAUGAACCACCCAGUGCCUGUCGAUAGAAUGUGCUGCAAGGUUGUGACAACACAUUCAUCCAUGCUGUGUUACACCGAAGGUGCUGGACAUCAGUAGUCAUAUCAUUAUGUCAUGUGACCAAAUGAAGAGGUAUGUUGAUGUUCAUUGGUGCAAUAACAGAGAAUAUAAAUUGAAGUAGGAUCCUCCCAAGACGUACAUACCUUUUUUUUAUGAGCGUAUGUUCUUCUUUGUCAUUGUGUAUCCUUACUCAUUUGCACUUACUCACUGCCUUUUAUUGUACUGCCUUUGAGAAUAUUAUCAAUGCAUUUGUGAAGUAUCCUGUUGAAACCUGUAUCAAAACACUACGUCAAAAACAAAGUGUCACCUGAACUGUAUCUGAUUUAAAUUUAAGAUAUUGAAACCUGGCUAGCUUAGUGUCACUUAUGCAGCAGUGAUGAGUUUAUGAUAUUGAGCUUGUGCAGGUCAGGUUUUACAAAAAGCAAACAUCUGCAUUGUACCGGUACUUAGAUACAUUUUCCGGUGAAACAAACUCCUUAUGGUUUACUAUUUUAUAAUUAAUUUUUUUAAUCCCUGUCAAACGGAUCUCAUGCACACUUUUAUAUUUAUCAAACUGGUACCUGUUUUUUUUCUUUGUUAGACAACUAUUUGUCAGUCGUUGGUGAACUAUUAUCUAGGAAAAUCUUACACACUCACUAUUUCCUCAGUAAUAUCCCCUGUAACAGAAACACUAGCAGUGUGUUUAAUAACUUUAUAAGUGGUUCAUAAUUCUUCCAUUAUAAGCUAGAAAAUGCCUUUAGAAUUAGACUAUAUAUUGUUCACCGUUAACAAGAUUUAGAGUAUAUAUUGUGCACCGUAAAAAAUAAGCUAUUCAUGUUUUUGAUUACAUUCAGCUGCCCAUAAAUUUUUUGUUUUCAUAUCGAUAAUCAUUUUGUAUUUUUAUGUAAAUUAUUACUGCAAUAACAACAUUUUGCACCACAACCAAAUAUUAAUUCUACUUGCAUUUGGGAUUGUAUUCCUCCUAAUAGAGAAAAGCAUUUGUGAUAUUUGUCAUACAGUUCGGAUUGUAAAUGUUGGGUCUGUUUCUUGGUCUGUGUCAACUGCAAAAGAAAAUCCCUUUAAUAAUGCUUUUUAUGUUUCCCGUCUCAGGUACUUAUUCAUGAUCAUUCAAAGAAUAUCUGUGGAUUUUUGAAUGUCAUUAAUAAAGAAUUUUCCUACAUUUCUAACUUUUCAGGAUGUGUUUAAAAUGUUGCAUUCUUGUUUUAUAUGGUAUAGAAUUGCCAUAAUAGGAAGUUGGUGAGUUUUCAAGGUAUCUCUGGUUUAAUUUUUAUGUCGAUUGGCCAUGAGAACUUCAUGUGAUUUCCACGAGAUCUUUGAAAUGUCUCACAUCAUAACUUUAGGAAGCCUAUGGCAACUUGCUGCAACUGGCAACUGCUGCUCCUUUUUUCUGUUUAUAUUUUUGUAGCCAGAAAUGAAUCCGAUUUAUAAUAGAAUUACUUUGGUGUAUAAUUCCAAUCAGCAGCUUGGGUCAGUGAAGCCUUUUUGAUUUUACAUGUACAUGACACUGUUAAAGGCAUGUCUUUUUAAAGCUGCAUUUUAUCUUCGUCUUUAUUGAGAAAUAUUGUAAACAAUAGCAAUUAUUUUGCCAAUAUUUAUUGAAACGCCAUUUUCUAGGUAUGCUUGUGCUAAAACAGCAAGCAAACUUUUGACUCUUCUAAUGCAGUUAUUUGAUGCCGUAUAGAAGUACAAUUUAGAUUGCAUAACUAUUUAAUUGUCAAUAUAAAACAAAAAAAAAUGACUGUAUAGUUGAUUAUUUGUAUAUUUUGUAGACUGUAUUUUUAUUCCCACUUUAAAAACCUUAAGCAUGUACAGUAGGAAAAAAUGUUGUUUCUACACAUAUUCAAAUGUAUUGUUUACAUUACUUCACAGUUUACAGUUGAAUAUUAAAAGUACAGCGUAAAGAACAGUUCAGCUAUUAGGGGAACACUGAAAGAAGUCUAAAUAUAUCUCGCUAAAUAUAUCUUGCGGCGCACCCCAGGGAUAAAUUAUGGGACCAAAAUUGUUUAAUCUCUAAAUAAAUGACAUUUGUAAUGUUACAAAAUAAUUUAAGUUAGUAUUAUUUGCAGAAGUCAAGGCCAUGUUUUUUUUAGGAGAGAACACACAGAAGCUAAUACAAAUAUUAAAAUUAAUAAAUUAAAGCAAUGGUUUGACAAAAAAACAGGUUAUCUCAGUAAAACUAAAAUAAUUAUAUUCGGUAACAAUAGAAGACACAUUUAAAUACAAAUAGACAGAGUAGACAUUGAAAGGGUAAAAUAAAUCACAUUUCUAGGUGUAAUGAUAGAUGAUCAAAUGAACUGGCUGUAUCACAUGAAAAAUACACUUGACUGCCGUUGCUUCUUAAUGUGGGAAUCUUUGGGCACCUCAUGAUUGGAUUGCGAUUCAGGAACUACAAUUAAAUAAAAAAUCGAUUACUGAUGCAGCUUUAAUUUAUGUAUAUUGAUGCAGUUUUACAUUUGUUUUAGUUUCACUAAAUAAGCCUUCAUCACUUGCAACUUUUAAAAACAGCGCAAAACAGUUAAAUGAUUUCCUAUUACAUUUAUUAAAUUAAUGGAAAUGUGUACAAAACUGGAACAUAAGUGCCCUAAAAUAAGGAGCUGGUCAGAUCUCUCGCAGUCAGACAAAUUUUAGAACCCUCUGUAUUACUUUAUGUAUAUACAUUCAUUCAUCCAUUUUCUACCGCUUAAAUGCACACCCACCUAAUACGCUAAUAUAUUUUUAUUAUAUAUUGUUUAUAAUAUAUCAUGUAAAAGGGCUGUGCUCUGCACAUGAAUGCCAUACAUAAGUAUUAUUUCCAGCUGAGUGUAAUUUUAAUUAAAAUAAACAAAGUGAUGGAUCUGUGUGGUCUUUACAAGGUACCACGACUGCCUUGCACAUUGCACUGCACACAUACAGUAGUUGACUUGUUUAAGACUUAAAAAGCAGGUGUUAAUAAAAGACUUCCCUGCUGUAAGAUGGUACAUGAUGUUGGUGGUGUUCAACCUCUUGUGUUAAUAAAAAACACAUUUUUAUUUACACCAAAUACAUAUUGUACUGAUAACAGUACUACAAGUAACUACACUACAAGUUUCAUUCACUAACCGUGUUACAUAGAGAAGGGUAGCACGGUGCAAACAGAGGUUAGUGUUUGUGCCUCACAGUACGAAGGUCCUGGGUUCGAUCCCUGGGCUUCUGUGUGGAGUUUGCAUGGGUUCCCUCCAUCUACUCUGUCAUCCUCCCAACUUCAAAGGCCCUGAUGAGGUGGCGAUAGGCUUAGAGGGACGAGCGGUAGAAAAUGGAUGGAUGGAUGGAUGGAUGGGUUAUUGAGAACAUUAAAAUCCAAAAUAUUGAAAUUCAGUGAUUUGGUGCAAUUGCAAACAACAUAAAUUAUGCAAAAUUAGGCAAAUACAACCCUCUACUCAAGAAUGUACAACAAUUCUCAACAAAAGUGCCAUGUCUGUAUUUAGCCUGACCAGGUGUUCCUCAUCAUUGCUCAUAACCUGUUUUAUGUACAGUAUAUUCCCUAGUCCUUCAGUCUUGUUCCAAGUUUGUUGCCAUUCAGUCACGUCCUAGCCUUGUCAGAGUUUAUAUUGUUAUCAUUGUUACUGAACCUUGCCUCACGUCUCUGUUACCUCUGCCAUUGUUUGGACUCUCUUCCUGUAUAUCGAGCCUUGCUUGGAUUAAACCCACCUGUAUCUGCUCUGCCAACUCUGCGUUUGAGUCCUCCUUCCAUCGCCGAGCCUUGAGAGAACAAACCAGGACCCAGGGGAGUUGGCCUCACUUUGUCAAGCGCUCCGUAAUCAAGGUCUGCGACUGGGGCACCAAGAUGACCAGCUCUCUGCUUUAAGCAGCGGCCUUCAAAGUUUGAUGGAGCGGCGAAGUUCCACGACAGACAGCUUGAGUGCUCAGCUCUGCGACCAUGACAGCGACCUUUCAUCCCGCUGGCAACCGCAAUGGCUACCUGUUCACAGCUCCCACGACCAGAGUGGUUCUACUAUAAAUCUGGUAAUGUACAGUCUUUUCUGACUCAAUGAGAGUUGCAUUUUGAGCUCCAAGCCACAGCUUUCCCGACGGACUGCACCCGAGUGGCGUCUGUUACCUCGCAUCUGGCGAGCCGAGCAGCGGCUUGGGCUACCGCUGAGUGGAAUCGGCAGUCUUCCACUUGCACAAUUUACAUGACGUUCGCCAAGGCAAGUGUUCCAGCGUCAACCACCAGGGAGGGAGGCGGCACGCUCCCUUUUGAAAAUACAUCAGGGCCAGCGUCUAGUUUGUGAUUACGCCAUUGGCGUCUGAAAGUGACUGGAACGCUCCGGCAUUGCUCAACGUGUUCUUUAUGGGAUUGGCUGACCAUAUUAAAGACCAAAUGAUCCCGCUUUUAAAUUGUAUAUUAUAUUUAACAUUCAAUAUUUAAAUUUCGAUUUAACAUAUAUUUAGAUUUCACAUUUGGAUUUAGAUUUAAUGUUUAGAUUUAGAUUCAACAUUUAGAUAUACAGUAGAUUUACAUUUACUUCACUGUUUAUUUCUACCCUCAAGCAGGGGCGCCGAAAAGGGGGGGUAAAGGAGACGGAUUCUAGGGGCCCAUGAUGGAGGGGGGCCCAGAGAGGCCCCUAAUGAUGAUGAAAUUAUAAUACAGGGGGCCCUGUAAAGAUUCAUGGGGCCCAAAAUCCCUUGCGGCGCCCCUGCCCUCAAGUGUGAAGAUAAUGAGCUAAAAGUGAGCUAAAUAUUUUCUAAAAAUGCUUCAUAAUAUCACAUG